CUUGACUCUUCUUCUGCUCAUCUGUUUUGUGCUUCUUAUGCCUAUCCUUCUCAUGAAUUUACUGGUAAUAAUCUUAAUACUUCCCUCAGUACUAUGGGCAAUUAUGUAGGUACUGGCAGUUUAAAACUCUGUAAUAACUUAAACUUUCACUUAUUUAAUGCAAACAAAUAGCAUGUUUAAUUUGAUCGAUGUGAGUUAAUGUGGUACAUAAGUGUUUUGUACAUAUUAUUGUACCCCUACGUAUACAUUAAUGCAUGUACUAUUCUUGGCUACCUGUAAUUUUUUUUUUUUUAAAUGUGAAAUGAUCAAAGGAGUAGGAGCUAGAGUAGAAACAAUUGUGUUAAAGUGUUUUUGGGAACAUAAAUGAAAGCAGUUGUUUUUAAAGAAAGAAAUGAAUUAUUUUAUCAUUGACAAUGCAAGACUUGUGUUCCAUAUGUUUUAUUUUAAUUUUUAGAAUUUCUUCAUCCCAUGUAUACAGAAAAAUAAGAAUAAAUGAAAAGCAUCAAACACAAAAGAAGAUAUUACAAUUAAAAGCAGAAUCUAUGUAUAUUGUUCAAUGCCUGAUUUCUGGUUCCUCACAGAUUGGUCUUGCAGUUGGAGACAUUGAAUCUGUUCAAAGUAAUGCAAGACUUAAGCGUUUAGCCAUGCAGGUAAAAUUUAUUAAAGUUCAUUAGUUUAUAUGAAAGCUAGUACCCACAUUUACACCUACAAAAAAAUCACAGGUAUUCAUUUCGUAAUUUAAAUAAUAAAUUUCAUCCAAGGACUAAUUUUUGUUUAGAUCUAUUUUAAUAGUAGUUUUUUAUACAAGUGUUUUUCUUAUUUUUAAACAGGUUGAAUUGCACAUAAACAUGGAAAGCAAAAUGCCACUGUGUAUCCACAGAAUUGCUCAAAUCACAGAGUUUAAACAAUUUCCAAACAAAUGCCAAAGGAAGUUGGAAAAUGUGAGUUUGUAUUAUUGAAUCAUAUUAAGAUUUUUUUUACACUAGAGUUAAAGUUUAAUUAGCUCUGAAACACAAUGGCCUUCUGUCUGCUUGAAGCGUUGUGAAAAGUUAAGGUCAAAACUUUAAUCUUAAUAAUUCAGAUAUGUGUCUUUUAUAUGAUGUUUUGUUUUCUAUGCAAUACAUAAAAUUGGGAUCAGUUUAGAGAAUACAAAUCUUUGACUUUGACAUUAGUGUUUCCCAAUGUGGGGAUCUGCAGUCUGGCGCUACAAAUCUUAUAUUGCCAGUUAAAACAAAAUAAGUCAAAUAACUGAAAUAAAGUUAAAUGUUUUUUUCAUUUGAGAUUGAUUGCAUAGCAGCCACCUUUAAAAUAUGUUAUUGUCAUGUGCAUUAAUAUGAAAUGCAUCCUUCAUACUGAAUAACAAGAGCUUUCAGAGUCUGAAUGUUAAUGUUGUGGUAUUUGUUAAUUGCAAUUUAUAUUCUGAAGUUGCCCAAAAAUUUGUUCUCAUAUCUUUCAAAUUAUCUCUUUGAAACUAGGAUUGUUAAGAUAAAGGCGGCCUACUGGUCCAGACUGACUACAAUCAAACCACAAUUUGAUUUCCUUGUUAAUAAUAAGACAUUCUAUAUUUUGCUUUAAUAUAGUCAAAUUUAACAAAAAGGAUUUUUUUACCUCAAAAAUUCGUUAUAUAUUCCCUAAAUUAUGAUUUAAUUUAUAAAUACUGUUUUGGUAGAAAAAAAUAUAUGCUAGUAAACAUUAUUUUAUCUUAAAACAGCUUGACGGCCAUCAUUAAAGGAUAAUAAUUAAUUUAGUUCAAAUACAACAAAUGUUAUGAAAAAUAAUAAUUCUUGGUGCACUAGGAAACGUAUCGACUGGGCUGCAAAACUUAAAAGUUUGGGAAGCACUGCUUUACAUAUCAUAUUUUUGCUCUUUGUUUUCAAAUUCCUUACUUUUUUAUGUAUGGUAUAUGCACUAUAAUUUUAUUGCUUAAGGCAACUAAAGAUAAUUAUCAUGAAGUUUGCAAAAAAAAUAAAAAAGCAAUUUAUUUUGACAUGAUUAGCCUAUAAAAUCUAAAGUCUAUUAUUUUUUUCAGUUUUUCUCAAUGAUGUCCUUAAAAAGUACUGAUAGUGACCUAAAAAACCCCCAGAGCGGUAUGGGAUCCUAUUUGUAUGAAGAGAUGUACAAACAGAAAGUUAGGUAUGUUGUCCUUAUUAGAUUUUGUGAGUAAUUAUUUGCUUUUUUAGAAUCUUUUAUAUUCUAAAAGGGAUAAGAUUCAUUGUACUUUUUAUGCAGCAUAAUAAAAUUACUUUUUUAAAAAAAUGGUCUACUAAAUUAAAAUUACAUUUCCUGAUCUAAAGAGGAGCGUGAAGCAGCCUGACAAACUGAAGGAGAUGAGCAAGGGAGAAAAGUAAAUUGCAAGCAAAAGGUUAAAUAUAAAGAAAAAAGUGGUUUCCGUGGUUUUCAAAAGAAUCAGCUCUAAAUACAGAAAUUCUAGGUGCAGACCUGCUAGGUCAAUAACAAAAUUUCAUGAAAUGUCAUGAACGUCAAUGCAUCAUUUAAAUUAUUAAAUAAGUUUAUUGAUACAUUUUUUUUUUCAUUUGAAAAGUUAAAACUAGUAUCAAUUCAAUUACACUUGCUUUAAAUGAAUUAAAUUUGAGUGCCGUUAGAGAGUAACAAUAUAAGUUACAAAUAUUAAGAUGUCAACUCAAAUUCACAGGAUGCGUGAAAUGACAACAACACUGGAUAAAAAUAAUCAACUUCUGCGUCAGAUCAUGCAAAAAAUGGAAAUCCACACAGAAGACGAGGCCUGGGAUGAAGGGGCAGGACUUAGUGAUGAUAGCAAUGAUGAAUUAAAAUCCUCCAAUAAACAGUACAACAGCAAAUCUUUUAAAGAAAAAAUGUAUUUAAAAACUGCUAUAGUGUCUUUUUGGAAAAAAGGCUUUUCCCAACUAUAAUUAAAUUGCAACAAUUGGCACAAGGCAUUAAAAAUAUGGUUAUUUUAUUUUCUUAAUAAUAUAAAAGAUAAAAUCUUUUUACUUCCUUUUUUAAAUAAGCCCAGUGCAAAGUCUUUGCGGGCAUUUUUAAAAAAUAUAAAUUUU